AUGGACGAAAAUUACGCGCUCACGUUCGAUUACCUGCAGAAAUACGGAUAUCUGUCUAAAGACGUAGACGCGGUUCCGGCUCAGAGACGAAACGACGUUCUUCGCAAAGCCUUUAAGGAUUUUCAGAAUUACUACGAUUUACUUGGCGAUGGAACGCCCAACAACGAAACGCUGCAAUUGAUGAGUAAACCGCGAUGCGGUUUCCGAGAUAUCCUGAAGCACGAAACGAAAGCGAGCCUAUCCAAAUGGCCGAAGACGCACCUGACGUGGAAUUUUCACUUAGCCGACGAGACCAAGCUGAGCACGGCGCGGGCCGCGUUCGACCUGUGGUCGCAGCAUUCGGCAUUGACGUUCGAACGCUCCGAAACAAAUGCCGACAUUAUAAUACCUUGGAGACGCCUACGUCACUAUAACACGAAUACCAAGGUAAACGGAGCAAUUUGCUCGGACAAAUUCGACGGUCCCGGCAACGUGCUCGCCCACGCGUCUCUCCCGACGGACCAAGCGGGGUUCGUCUCCGAAGUGCACGUCGACGGGGACGAGCCGUGGCACAUUUACAUCAAUAAACAUCCCGCGGAUAGGUUCUCCCUGCAUUACACGCUGACGCAUGAGAUCGGCCACUCUCUCGGAUUGGUGCACAAUAGGCGCAAAACAUCGGUGAUGUUUGCGAUACAGCCGGACCAGCAGUAUCCGGUAAAGCUCGACCAAAACGACAUCGCCGACAUUCAACGUACGGUGAAAAAAUGUUACGUUUGGUCGAUCGAUCUGGACGGUAGGACGUACAACGGACCUUUAGCCCUUUCGAAUCACAUGAGCUUUCUUCACGACAAUUACACGCGCGUGACCGCCGCCUAUCAAUCCCUGUCCGGCAAUCUCGUGGUGUUCGUAGAUAAUUUGGUAUACUUGGUUCAAUAUCCGGAAUUUAAGGACGUUCCUUCGGUGUUCAACGGUAACUCGGUGGGCGAGAUAGACGAAUGUCACGAGAGCAAGAAAGUCGCCAAGUGUACGCCCCUCGAGGCGACGUUUCCCGGAAUACCGACCGGCGUGACGUUGAUCUUCCGCUACGUCGACGGCAAUCUGUACUUCACCACUCGGACGCAGUUCUACAAAUUCAACGAAUUUACGAGGACCGUCUCAUCGGCCGGUAAAUUCGAUCUGCGGAUACUAAAUAUCGUCUGCCCUAAGGCCGAACUGCUGCAACAGUUGCGCGAUUUCCUCGAUCGAAUCGUACGCCUCAACGAUAACUCAUUAACGUCAGCGGCGAGCGAUUAUUCGGACGAUGACGACAACGGCGUUCGGCUCUCCGAUCUCCGCAUACGCCGAAGGAAAUAG